AUGGGAUCCGAGCAAAAUGAGUCGCUUGAUCAAGUUAUUGUGGAUUGCGGGGAUAUUCCAGAUUAUUGCCAGUUUCGCUUUUUGGAAUUCGCAUACAAGUUGAAUAAGGAAGAGCACUACGGAAAACCUAUGUGGUGGAUUGGGAUGUAUAUCGCAUUAGCAUCUCUGUUUUGCAUCAUUGUAAUGGUGGCUGAUUUAUUACAUGGUUUGCGUAACAGAAAGUUCUGGUUUCCAUGUAAGUAUUUCACUUUGAAUGCUGCUACUGUUACUGUGAUAGGUGUCGCAAUAAAGCUACCCAAUGGUCUCACCGAUCUAACACCAAGUCAUGUGGACCGCAUUGCAAAGCUUGGAGGCUUGAGCUUCAUGUGUACUAUUAUGGCGAAUCUAUUGCCUUCUCUAGCAACCAUGGAAAGCAAGGAACUCGUCUCAAACAUGAUAGGUUUAGGUAUUCUGGUGAUCACCUUGGCUGUGAACCUUUGCAUUCAAAUAAGCACGGGAGUUGUCUCCUACAACACGUCUGAGGAGCCGUUUGAGACUCAAAUAGGAUCUACACCGCUAGGCAUAUUACUAACAGGCCCAAAGUUCAUAGCAACGAUUUAUGUAGCUAUGUUACUCCUGUUGCUCAUGAUAUAUGCAUGCUCAUGUUUAGCAAUUCUCAAGACCAAACAGAUUCUAGAAUCCAAAUACCAAGCGGCUCAUCAAGAAGCUUCAAAGGAGCUACAGCAAGGAGAAAGAUUAACUGUUGAAAAGUUACAGCAUCAUGUGAGAAACUACUGGAUCAUGGCAGGAACCGGAAGCCCUCAAUUCAUGACGGUUUGCUCUGCUACAACUUCUGCUUCUGGGGUAAUAUGUCUUAUAAGCACUGCAUUGCACGUUUAUAUUAUCAUACCAAAAGAUGAUAAAGAUAUGAUGGAAUAUGAUACGGAUUAUAAGUGGUCAAUGUUAGUGAUUCUCAUAAUACAGUUUAUCGGAGUCAUAUUAGGAACACUUGCCCCUAUUUCUAGAUGUUUUGCAGCCUUAAGCUUUAAGUUGUCCGAACAGUGGAUUAGGAACCAUAUCAAGGUCUUUAAAGUGGAGAGCUACUGGACUCAGAAGUUAUCAGAUUGGGAAAAGAGAAGGGUACCAAAUAUCCCAUUCAGAAGCCCCGGCCUCAGAGGGAAGAUUGUCAUUGAGAAAUUAAAAAUCCUAUUUCUCAGCAUUUGCAUACAAUUUCAGGAGACAUUCGUGGUAGCUUGCAAGAUGAUAGGGGUUAUUCCACUUCUCUUUUUGAUAUGUGUCUCCUACUGUUGGAAGUGGUUAAAGGCCAUGUUUAGCUCACUUCUCUCUUUGAAAUGUGUCUCCUAUUGUUGGAAGCGAUUGAAGGCCAUGUUUAGCUCCCCAGACAGUGUGUCGGAACGAAAUCCAGAGAAUCAAGGAAAAGAUGAUAGCAGGUAUGUUUUGCAGCUUGAAGACGACACGGAGUUUGCAGAGAGAACAUUGAAAGGCAUAUCAAAAUCGGUGAAUCGCUUAAUCCAAAAGGCUGAAAAAAAACAACCCAAAAAUCUUAUGAAGCUUUUAGAGGGAUCCAGCGGUUUUAAAGGAGUUGAAGAGUUUGACAGCCCUCUUGUUCCAUCUUUAGGUUCAAAAGAAUAUCUCAAUUGUUGGAGCUUACCGUUGGUAACACUGACAGCUAUCGCCAUUUUUUUGAAAGAUGAAGGUGAAAUUGAUGAGUUGUUGAGUGGUGUGGAUGAAGGUCUUGUUUAUGUCGCACAUGUGGAAGAAAGCCUCAACGUCACCGAUGAGGAUAAAUGCAUUCAAAAGGUCGCUAAAACUUUGUGUGUAGAAGUUGAAGUCCGCCGGAAAUGGUUUGGAAACAAGCUGCCAAAACCUGGGUAUACAGCUGGAAAGAUUCUUAAAUGGUUGAGGGACAUAUCUAGAAACAUGGUCAAUGAUCACUUGGAAAAUGAUGACUCCAAAUACAGUUCUAUUGCUGCCAAUUCAAUGUAUCGGAUCACCGAAACACUCAUUCUCUCCCAUCAAACCAACAUUGACCAGGUUAGUCAAGAUGAAAUAUUUAAGCAAUUAUCAUCAAUGAUCGCUGACAUAUUGGCUGCGUGUCUCACCAACUUACCCCAAGCCAUAGCAAUGAAAUGCCAUGCAAGGGAGAUAGAGAAAAGGGAGGCGAGUGUCCAUGCAGCAGCUCAACUUCUCGGUGAGACUACAAAAAUAAUCAACACCCUUCAACAUCGUCAACUUCCAAACUUGACUGAAGACAAGUUGCCGUUUAUCGACAAGUGGCGUGAUUACUACUUGAUGCAUCCUUAA